UCGUCUUCCGUACGCCCGCCCGACACCCAGCUGUAAGCUCGAGCUCCCCACUGCGAAUCCGCCCAAAGCUCUGCGCUUUCUGCCCCCUCCUCUACCCCCCGCGAGAUCCCAUCCAUGGCAGCCUCCGCGGCUCGCCUCCGGGUCUGAGCCCGUCCAGCUACCACGGGAUCCUCUUCUGACGCUUCCGCUCCACUGUCCGACGGCCGCACGGUUCUUUGCCGUCCAAGAUUCGCCGCUCAGUUUCUGGGGGUCGGUAUAGUGGGUGGUCGGUAGUUGUCCGUGGCCUUCCCAUGGAUUGUUGAAACGGGUCUUUGAUGCCAGCGGUGGGCACCCGCACUCUGCUGCUGCCGCCGCCGCCAUGUGGAAGCAGUUUCUUGGCAAGAUCUCACAGAAGUCGCUCAAAUCCGGCAGCGGCGGCCGAGGCUCGCCGCUGCAGAAGUCGCCGCCGUCGUGUGGAGCCAAUGGGGCUAAAGCGGAGCUGAGAGCAUCGCCUCCGCCGCAGGCGUCGGCCGUCGCCGCGGCGCCUGGGUCGGAGACCAGGGAGGACGUGUUCCUCCGCAAGCUCAACGUCUGCUGCGUGGUGUUCGACUUCGCCGCCGAGCGGGGGAGGGACUCACCGGAUGUGGAGAGGAAGCGGCAGGUGCUCGUGUCCCUCGUCGACUGCGUCUCCGGGGCUGAGGAGCCCCUCACGGAGGCAAUGAUCUCGGCCUGCGUCCGCAUGUUCGCCAUCAACCUCUUCAGGGUCUUCCCGCCCAAGCUCCACUCCGGCGGCGCCACUGAUGAGGACGAGCCAUUCUUUGACCCCUCCUGGUACCACCUGCAGGUCGUGUACGAGCUGCUGCUCCGGUUUGUGAUGUCACCGGUUGUCGAUGUGAAGGUCGCUAGGAAGUACAUGGACAACUCAUUCAUCUCUAGGCUUCUGGACCUGUUCGAUUCUGAUGACCCUAGGGAGAGGGAAUGCUUGAAGGCAGUCUUGCACAGGAUAUACGGAAAAUUCAUGGGGAAUAGGUCGUUUAUCCGCAAGGCGGUGAGCAACAUCUUCUACAGGUUUGUGUUUGAGGCGGAUCAUUACAAUGGGAUUGCUGAGCUGUUGGAGGUGUUUGGGAGCGUAAUUAGUGGUUUCGCAAAGCCGCUGAAGGAGGAGCAUAAGUUGUUUCUGUGGAAGGCGUUGAUUCCACUUCACAAGCCAAAGACAGUUGGAGUGUAUUUGCCACAGUUGACAUACUGCAUUACACAGUUUAUUGAGAAGGAACCAAAGCUCACAGGGACUGUUAUUAGAGGCCUCCUGAAGUACUGGCCGGUGACGAACAGUCAGAAGGAGAUGAUGUUCUUGGGAGAGUUGGAGGAGGUGCUGGAGUUGACAGAAAUGGCUGAUUUCCAGAAGUGUGUCGUUCCCUUGUUUCGCAGGAUUGCGCAAUGCCUGAAUAGCUCUCAUUUUCAGGUUGCUGAAAGGGCCUUAUUCCUGUGGAAUAAUAAACAUUUGUUUGACCUGAUUUCCCAAAACCGACAAGUUAUCCUGCCAAUCAUAUAUCCUGCUUUGGAAAGGAACGCUCGUUGGCACUGGAAUCAGUCAGUUCUAAAUGUAACAAUGAAUGUGAGGAAAAUGUUCUUUGACAUGGACGAGAGAUUGCUUCUGACUUGUGAGACCAAUUUCCAAGCGGAGGAAAAGAGGCGAGCUGCAUCUGAGGAACGAAGAAGGCUUGUAUGGGAGCGCCUCGAGAGGAAUGCUGCAUUUCAAUCAGUAACCGGAGACAUAGGCUUUGCAGUUCCUCCUACAUCUGCUCCUCUGGUAGCUCCUGCUAUGACAUGAUUAGUCAUGGACUCAGAUGUAAUUCAUAAUUCAUUCUGCUUGAUCGAUAGCUAGCUAUGGGUAUUUGGUGUUGCGCAAGGAAUUUUGUUGCCUUUGUAAGCCCCUUGUGCCAAAGUCUGUAAUUAAUAGUUGCUGGUUUGACAACAAAUGCUUGAUCCUUUGGUGUACUCUCAAGUUAUGGACAUAUCUGUCUGUCUCAAGAUAAUGUCCAGUUAUACUUGACUGGUGGGGGUGUGAAAGUGGUUUAUUUUCUUGGAAAAUUUUUGAAUGGAUCUGAAUAGCUUGUGUCAUGUUAAUGUGGCUGUCUUCUUUA